AUGCCUCGGAAUCGGACAUUCGGAGGGACGGUUGCGGCCGGUUGCCGUGGAGCAGACCGCCUAGGCGCCCUCCCGGACGCGAUCCUCCAAUACGUGCUGUCGUUCCUGCCGUCGCGCGACGCCGUGCGCACCUGCCUGCUCGCCCGCCGCUGGCGCCACCAGUGGAAGUCCGUGCCGGCCCUGCGAAUCACCGGCGUCGACUCCUUCAGGGGCGCCGGCCACCUCAACGACUUCGUCAACUAUCUCAUCGUCCUCCGCGACAGGACGCCUCUCCACGCGUGCGAGAUCGAGACCUACCAGCACCACCUGGACGAUGGCGAGGGGUCCCGACACGGCGAUCCCGAGGAGCGGUCCCGGUACACCGAUCUGUGGAUCCGGUACGCCUUGUCGUGCAACGCUCAGCUGCUUCGGCUCAGUGACCAUGACCCCGAUAACCUCGAUCCCGAACAGGAGCAUGUGGAGAAUGUUGCGCUUGAGACUCCCAUCUCCUCGCCGCAUCUGAUGACGUUGGAUCUUGAUGGUGUGAUCUUCUCGAGCAAAUACUCUUUAGAUUUCUCCAGCUGCCCGAACCUCAAGACAGUAAAGAUGCACCGCUGCUCCUUCUUAAUCGUAAGUUUACGCCGUGACGGUCCCAUCAAGAUAUCUUUACAAUCUGUGAGAUAUCUAAGCAUCGCGGACUAUGAUUUUUGUCGUUAUGACAAGGAGGCAGCUCUCAUUACUGUCCCAAACCUCGUCUACUUAGAGCUGGCUAGCGGCCGUGGCAAGGUUCCUACGUUUGAGUGUACCCCGUCGUUGCUAGGAGCAUCUAUCAAGCUUGACGACAAGGAUGGUUCCUUGCUCCUUGGACGCUUGUCAGAUACCACUAAUCUAGAGCUCAUGGCCAAGCAUCAAGCGUCUGCUGCUUUUAGGAAAGAUUUAAAACGUUGCACUUCGUUUAGCAAGCUCAAAACGUUGUCACUCAAUGAUUGGUGUGUGGAGCCUGACUUCGGACCACUACUUUACUUUCUCAAGCGGUCACCAAGUCUCGAGAAGCUCCGCCUCCGGCUAUCUAAGAGGCGAUCUGAGGGCGAUCGAAGGGCUGACCGCGAUGGCAGCUGCGGAGGUGGGGGGUUCCGCGGCCGCCGGGGCUUGGCCGUGGAGUGUCUGCUGGGGGGUGAUAUGGAGGCGGAGUGGAGGAGAGUUGGGGAGAAAGUAAAGCUAGGUUCAAAGGCAUUGAGGAUUUCUCGGGAGCGGUUCACAAAAUGGAAGGUGAAAUUGAAAUUCCUUUAUGAGGAAGAGAGGAAAGAGAUCAAGGGAAGGAAACGGAAUCGGAUCACAGAAGAAGAAAUAGAUCUAGGCCAUGAGGCCCUUGCUGAGCUCGCAGCGAGGAUUGUUGUUUCCAACCUGCGCAAGAAUGCCAAGAAGUCCUUGGAGACGAUUAAGGACAUGUACCUGCACUACAACGAGAGAUCCGGGCUACUUCUUUGUGGCUUCCAAACUUGA